UGGAGACCGUAAAAAGUCAAAUGGAAAGAAAAUUUCCGAACAGAGGGAAUAUUAAAUAUUAUUUAGAGGAUUAAAAAAUUUAAUUCUUAUAUUAGAAAAUGACUUAAGUUUUUUCUUAAAUACAAAUUUCACAUAAAACUACGUACCUCCAACCAAACUUGAGCUUGCAAAGUUUUCACAAAUUCAACUGAAGAUUUGCAAGGGGGAAAAUGGAGUCAUCUGACAGGUGGGAAGCCCUAGUCUCCGAUGGCGGUGAAAACAAGGAACAACCGGCGAACUUUAAACACGAAGGCGAUGACGAGACUCCGAUUGGGGACCUGCCAGCGGCGUCGUUAAGGAAGGAUCAUAUGCUGAAAGCUCUCGAAGUCGUGGAGAGGGACUCUAUGGCCAUUGCACAGAGCUUCACUUGUCUCUUCGCCUCCCUCCGGACUACUCUCUCUGAGGUUACUAGCAAUUCAAUUGAUCAUAUGAACUGUUUCAGCGAUGCAGCUGGCCGUCUUCAAGAAUGUGCUCUUGAUGCAGCAACCAAAGGGAACCACUAUAUAAAUUCUAGCCUCAGAUUGAACAAGGAGAUGAAAGGAAUUGAAAAUCUUGCCUCGCAGCUGUAUCCUUCUUCCAAAUCUCUCUUAACCUCUGUGAACCCAUUUGGGACACCCCCCCCCCCUCCCCCCCACCCCAACAGUGGUCUUAUUUCCCCAUCUAUUGCCAAUGGAGCUAAGAGUCAUUAUAGACAAUUUUUAGUUCCGGACGCAUAAUGUACUAAAACUUCCAUUUCCUCUUUACUUUCAAUGAAGUUUUAGGUGGUAAAUGCAGCAAUGCAUCUAGGGUCUAAAGGAAAAUCAGAAACAUCCUUUGUUUUUGAAUGGGUAAAGACUGAAUACAUCUUGACCCUGCAGACCCUUAUAAUGUAGGGAUUGUACUGUGCUGUUUUCCUUGAAUGUCCGAAGCAAAACCCUUCGGAGAAACGUAGAUGCUCUGGACACGGCUGUAAACAGGCUCACUCGUUUCCCAUGAUUCUUUUUUUUUUCCCUACAAUUCAAUGAGAGUGUGUAUUGUUCAUGCGGAUCAAGUUGGCUUGCAUGCAGAACUUUUAAGUUUAGCUUGAAAUCCACAGAUGGUCGCCUGAUUCUCUGUUCCAGCAGAGAAGGAGAAGAUGAGUGGAAAAUGGAUGGAUUCUUAAGUUUACAUGGAAAGUAGGAGACAAAGAAAUAUGAGCAUGUGUUUUAAAGACAAAUCUAUCCUUUUGUAAUGCCCCUCAGUUACUUAUUUCCUUUGAAAGAAAGAAUUACUCGUUUA